AUGGCACCUGGAAGGUCCUUCAGGGGGAGCCUGGCCACGCCUGCUACCUUGAGUCUGUGCAUCCACGCCCUGCGCGUGCACAGAGCUUCUAAACAGUUCAAUAACGAGGUCCUGAAGGCCCACAACGAGUACCGGCAGAAGCAUGGCGUCCCACCGCUGAAGCUCUGCAAGAAGCUCAACCACGAGGCUCAGCAGUAUUCUGAGGCCCUGGCCAGCACGAGAAUCCUCAAGCACAGCCCGGAGUCCAGUCGCGGCCAGUGUGGGGAGAAUCUAGCCUGGGCAUCCUACGACCAGCCAGGGAAGGAGGUGGCCGAGAGAUGGUACAGUGAAAUCAAGAGCUACAACUUCCAGCAGCCAGGCUUCACCUCCGGGACAGGACACUUCACAGCCAUGGUGUGGAAGAACACGAAGAAGAUGGGCGUGGGGAAGGCGUCUGCGAGUGAUGGGUCUUCGUUUGUGGUGGCCAGAUACUUCCCUGCAGGGAAUGUUGUUAAUGCAGGGUUCUUUGAGGAAAAUGUCCUCCCUCCAAAGAAGUAA